AAGACCGCCCUCUCCCCGUCCCAGUACCCGGGGGAGUUCCUGCACCCCGUGGUAUACGCUUGCACCGCCGUCAUGCUGCUUUGCCUCCUCACCUCUGUCGUCACCUACAUCGUGCACCAGAACACCAUCCGGAUCAGCCGGAAAGGCCGGCACACGCUCCUGAAUUUCUGCUUCCACGCGGCUCUGACCUUCACAGUGUUUGCCGGCGGCAUCAACCGCACCAAGUACCCGAUCCUGUGCCAGGCGGUGGGCAUCCUGCUGCACUACUCCACACUGACCACGAUGCUGUGGAUCGGGGUGACCGCCAGGAACAUCUACAAGCAGGUGACCAAGAAGGCCCCACCGUGCCCGAGCGCAGACCAACCGCCAUACCCCAAGCAGCCCCUGCUCAGGUUCUACCUGAUCAGCGGAGGGGUUCCCUUCAUCAUCUGCGGGGUCACGGCCGCCACGAACAUCAGGAAUUACGGGAUGGAGAGUGAGGACGUGCCCUACUGCUGGAUGGCCUGGGAGCCCAGCCUGGGCGCAUUCUACGGGCCGGUGGCCUUCAUCACCCUGGUCACCUGCGUGUACUUCCUGGGCACCUACGUCCAGCUGCGGCGCCACCCGGAGCGCAGGUACGAGCUGAGGGUGCGGCCAGAGGAGCACCAGCGGCUGGCUGGGCCCGUGGCCAGCCACAACCCCGGGGCCCGGUCAGGCUCGCUGGCCGCCUCGCUGCUGCAGAACGAGCACUCGCUCAAGGCCCAGCUGCGGGCCGCGGCCUUCACGCUGUUCCUGUUCACGGCCACCUGGACCUUUGGGGCGCUGGCCGUGUCUCAGGGCCACUUCCUGGACAUGGUCUUCAGCUGCCUGUACGGCACCUGCUGCGUGACCCUGGGGCUUUUCGUGCUCAUCCACCACUGUGCCAAGCGGGAUGACGUGUGGCACUGCUGGUGGUCCUGCUGCCCCUCCCGCGGGGAUGCCCACUCCACAAAGCUCGCUGCCUGCCCCGCGCUCGACACCAACGGGGAUGCACUGGCGCGCGUGGCCUGCCUGCAGGACGCACCGUGUCCAGCCAAGCCGCGGGGCUUCGGCCACGCCCCUGCUGGCCAUUGCAAGGUGACCAACCUGCAGGCUGCCCAGAGUCACGUCAGCUGCCUGUCCCCAGCCACGCCGUGCUGCGCCAAGAUGCACUGUGAGCAGCUGAUGGAGGACGCGGCCCACGUCCACAUGCACGAGGAGGACGCCUUUGGGCAAGACCCACACCUGCACAGGUGUCUCCAGGGCAGAACUAAGCUUCCCUACUUCAGCCGGCACCGGGCGGCCUCGGUGGAGCAGGGGUACGCCUACCACAUCCCGUCCAGCCUGGAUGGCAGCCCCCGCAGCUCACGCACAGACAGCCCUCCCAGCUCGCUCGAGGGCCCAGUGGGGGCACACACGCUGGCCUGCUAUGCCCAGGGCGAGCCCUGCCCCUUGGUCAGCCAGCCCGAGGGCAGCAACACCAGCCCGGUGCUCUACAGCUGCCCCCUGCGGCCAGGCAGGGAGUCCGCCCACGGCCCAGUGCACUUCGAGAUGCUCCGGAGGACACAGUCCCUGCCCUUCGGUGGACCCGGCCAGAACGGGCUGCUCAAGGGAGACAUGCGUGAAGUCUCGUCCUUCAAUGGCAUGGGCAACAUCCGGACAGGGCCGUGGGAGAACGAGACCACCGUGUAG